AUGUGUCUGAGAUCUUCAGAAUCAUUCCCAUACACACGCACACCCACGAUGAGAUCAGCUUCCUAUCACAACAAACGUAAACCAAAGACACAAACCCAUCUUCGUAUCCUUAAUCUCACCAGGAGGAGAAUAUUACCGAGGGCAGAGAAGAAGAUGGAGAUGAGAAACUUGAAGCUUUUCCUUGAGAAUCAAAGCAUCAGACGAGAGAAUGAGGCUUUAAAGAAGAAAGCUCUUCUUCUCCACCAAGAAAACAAUGCCCUCUUCUCUCUGCUUCACUCAAAACUCUCCCCUGUUUCAUCCUCCUUCUUGCAGUGA